CCUUCUUCACUUCACAGGAGGAUUCAGUGAGAAAUGGCGACGGUGAUGCAGUGGUGCGGCGCAGUAGCGAGGAGGGCGAUGGCGGGUCAGAGAUCAGCGGUAUUUUCAACAUCAUCAGUAUCAAGUGGUGCAGAGAUGGCGCCGAUCCUUUGUGGAAGAGGGGACAAGAAAACAAAGAGAGGGAAGAGAUUUAAAGGAACUUAUGGAAACGCGAGGCCAAAGAAGGAAAAGAAGAUUGAAAGAAUUAAAGAUAAAGUUGAGGUGCCCAGGUCCACUCCUUGGCCUCUCCCUUUCAAGCUCAUUUAAUGAAAAUUAUAAAUUGUUUAUUGUUACUGUGCUCUCUUUUUUAAUGACUGAAAUGCUCGAUGUUAUUUGUAGCAGCUUCCCUUUUUUCCUUCUUAGAGUUUCGCGUAGUUAAGAAUAUGUACAUUUGAUGUGGGUUCUUAAUGAAUUUGUGUUUUGUGAUGAAUUUUGAAUAAAACUUCUGUUUCUUUUGGGUUUGGUA